UUCUCCUUAGUACCAAUGGAAUGGUCUAAAAUAAUCCAACUGCCCACAAGGGGGAUCCGGGCCAAACAAAACAAACUUGACCAGUGUCUCGCAACAGACCAAUCUAACAUAAGAGUUGUUCUUGUUUUGACCACUCAGACAGUUGUUUCUUUCUGUCCAAUCAGAGGUGAGGAAGGCUGUUUCCUGUAUGGAGUGUUUAAUGGGUUUGAUGGGAGCAGAGUGUCCAGCUUCGUCUCUCAGUGUCUGACAGCAGAACUGCUUCUGGGACAGCUCAAGUCUACACACACUGACUCUGAUGUCCGCAGAAUUCUCUCACAGGCCUUCGACGUUGUAGAGAAGAGUUACUUUGAGACAAUCGGUGACGCUCUUGCAGAGAAGGCUACUAUUAUAUCCCAACUACCUGAGGGAGUAUCGUUCCACCAGCUCUCCCCCCAGAGUCAGAAGCUUUCUGAGAGGCUGAAGGACCUGGAGCAGGAAGUGUCUGGUGGAGCUACCGCUGUUGUGGCUCUGAUACACAACAACAAGCUCUACAUCGCCAAUGUGGGUACCAACCGGGCCCUGCUGUGUAAGUCAACCAGCGACGGUCAGAACCAGGUGAUCCAGAUUGGACGACCUCACACCACAGAGAACGAGGACGAGCUCCAGAGACUGGCUGGGCUGGGUCUUGAUGUGUCUGGUCUUCGUCAGGCGGCUCUGAUAGCUGGUCAGAGCAGCACCAGGAGGAUUGGAGACUACAGGGUUAAAUAUAACUACACAGAUAUAGAUCUGUUGAGCGCCGCCAAGAACAAGCCAAUCAUAGCAGAGCCGGAGAUCCAGGCCAGCCAAUCGUUAGAGGGUGUGACAGGCUUCCUGUUGCUGAUGUCAGAGGGGCUCAUCAAAGCCCUGGAGUCCGCCCACGGACCUGAACAGGCCAAUCAGGAGAUGGUAGCGAUGGUAGCAGCAGAACUAGCCCAACAGGGAAGCCUGGAGGCCGUGUCCCAGUCGGUGGUGGAGAGGGUCAAGCGGCUACACCACGAUGUCUACGCCAGCGGACGCCAGAGAGCGUCCCACUGCUCCCGUCACGAAGACAUGACGCUGCUGAUACGCACACUCAACUACACGCUGGCCGACGGCGCACUCACACCCACACAGGCCAGAGUCCCACCACCACGCUCCAUUCCACCAAUAACCAGACCACCCAGAGCUCCAGCUCGUCUUCAGGAGACGGAGGCAGCCUCUUCAGACAGCGUGGCAGCCAGGCGGUGCAGCCAGACGAGACCGGACGGGUCCCUCCCUAUGUUGACUUCACCCAGUUCUACCGGCUGUGGGGGUCGGACCACGGAGACUUCCUGGGGACACAGGGGGCCUCAGCUGGGCUGGGGCCUCAGUGAUGGAGGGGGACAAGAUUUGGGGUGAAGAGAGUGAUAACUGCUCUUGAAGGAGGGAGGUAUAGGAAUGUAUUGGAGGGGUUGUGUGAUGGAUUUUGGUGGUGUUGUGGAGAUUUGGAGCUGAUAAGGCAUCCUUAGGCAGAAACGGAUUUCUAUUUUUUUACUUUAUCACGACUAUUCCUUUUCCUACAGCUGAUACCGUGUUUAUUACACACCUAAAGGUAAUGUUAUUGAUGGGUCAGGUCAGGUGGACGACAGGUAUGCUGGAAGGAAAGCUGAUCUAGCAUCAGUUUUUGCUUUAGAUAGCAAUGAAUAAGAUUAUAUGGACAGGGGUGACCUGAUCCUAGGUCAUUGCUCUUACUCUGAAAUGCUUGAUACGGCCCCAGAUCAACCUGAAUGGACUGAGUUCACUCCCAACACAGUCAGUGACUGUUUGUUGGCUGGCGUUUAACUCCUGUUACCUGCUCUUUGUCUGUCUGUGAACAAAGGAAGGAGGAGAGGGGGAUGAAUGAUGUGGGGUUAUCAGUCUGUCUGUGAACAAGGGAAGGAGGAGAGGGGAGUGAAUGAUGUGGGGUUAUCAGUCUGUCUGUGAACAAGGGAAGGAGGAGAGGGGGAUGAAUGAUGUGGGGUUAUCAGUC